AUGCAGAGCGGCCCAUCAGCGUCUCUAGCCGAGGUCAAUGGUCAGCAGAAGCCCAACCGUCGCCGCCGCCUCCGCUGCUCGCUGCUGAUCCCACCGAUGGCCAUGACGAAGAGCGAGCCUUUCUACCUGAACAUUGUGGUUGUCGACAGCAGCGCCGCGGUCACCUCUCAAGUGCAGGGGAAGCUCGGGUCGGGGUUCUUCGGAAAGGCCGCCAGCACGAUGGCCAAGAAGGUCGUGACGGAGUCCAAGAUCGCGACCAAGGUGGCGGCGCAGCUCGUGGAGAAAAUCCCCGCUGUGCUCGCCGAGAAGGGCAUCACGCUGGAGUGCAAGGCGCGCUACCAGUUCGGCAGCUUCAUCGUGCUGCGCGCCCAGGUGACCGAGGUCACACCUGUACAGCUCGUGACCCUCGCCAAAGGCGACGCCUUCGGCCAGAAGUUUGGGCAGAUGCUCGAAAGUUUCGAGGCGCUCGAGCUGGCCGAGGCCCUCGACACCGUGCAGGCGAAGGUGAGGGACAAGGUGAACAUUGCGCUCAUCGAGAAAUUGACGGAGAUCCUGCCCGCGAAGUUGCAGGAGCAGGGUAUCCAGACCACCAUCUCCGCCAAGCCCACUCACGAGCAGGCGGAGUUUUUCUUCGAUUUCAUCGAGCGCAUGCAGGGAGGCGAGGCUGGCGGCGAUUCAUGAUUAUUAAUGCGGUGCGUUGUUCUGCACGGAUGCGUAAUCGAGUAGGCGACACGGAUGAUGAUGACAUUCUGCUUACUGGAAUCCCCGAACAUGCCCUCAGUCUAGUCCCUGGUAAUACUACAACAUCUGCUCGUAAAGUGUGCCAGAUAUCUGUGAUCCGCUGCGGUUCGAUCAGCGACAUCGGGUUGUACAAGCUUACCCUCAGCGCGGAAACCCGCGCUGCCGCGGGCCUGGCAGGCGCACCCGACGCUCGCGCCAGCAUCCCAGGCGCUGAAGCUCCUGGCGGGCCGAGCGCGCGAGGAGAAUGGAGGGUUCGGUAGGCUAGUGGAGGCUGCGUGCGGGGCGGGAAUUCCC